AAACAUCUGAGAUUGCCAACCAUGAAGCUGUUUGCCCUGUGCUGCCUACUAAUUUUGGGUCUUCUGGCAUGCCUGCCCACUCCCGGGGCUGCCUCGCCAUCUCGUGACAGUGGAUCGCGACCGGGAUCAGGAUCAAGAUCCGGUAAUCCCUUCCAUCCACCACCUCCACAACAACGACCAUUCUACUACGAUGCACCAGUUAGAAGACAACCAUCCAAUACAAUGUACGCUUAAACGAUAACAAUGCAACAAUAAAAACGAGCGAGUAUGAAUCGGGGA